GAAAACGGUGAAGACAACAAAGGUGCCGAAACCUCGAAUAUACAUGGGAUCCUCUAAGGUCCAUAACAAGAGCCAUAGCCGAACGCCAGGUGGCCAGUAAAAUAACGGCUCUUUUGUCUACUGUCGGUCGUCGCUCCUCGCUGGGUCCCACAGAGACUGCCACGUCAUCUAUUUUGAUUACAUACAAUAAUCAUAUUGCAUUUGCAUCACAAGACGACCGUUACACAUACAACUCUUUCUUCUUCUUCUUCUUCUUCUUCUUCUUCUUCACUACCAUCCCACCAUUCUCACUCUCUCACUCACACACACACACACACACACACACACUUGUCAUUCUGUUGAGGAAGAGAAUGACUGUAGCAAACGCUGCUACAAAGCACUGCAAGAAGGCGAUGAAGAUGGGUCUUUCUCUCUUCUGCAGGACCUUCAAUUCCUCUAAAUGCAAGACAAUGGCGAAGAUGACGGUGGCGAGGAUCAAAUUGCUGAGGAACAAGAGGGAAGUGGUUGUGAGGCAAAUGAGGAGAGACAUUGCUAUGCUUCUUGAGUCUCGUCAGGAUGCCACUGCUCGUGUUCGGGUCGAACAUGUGAUCAGAGAACAAAAUAUAUUGCAAGCAAAUGAGUUCCUCGAGCUCUUCUGUGAACUUAUUGUGGCUAGACUUCCAAUUAUUGCAAAGCAAAGGCAAUGUCCAGCUGAUCUGAAAGAGGGGAUAUCAAGUUUGAUUUUUGCUGCCCCCAGGUGCUCAGAUAUUCCAGAGUUGAUGAGAAUUAAAGAUAUUUUUGAGAAGAAAUAUGGUAAAGAUUUUGUUUCAGCAGCGACUGAUCUACGACCCAAUGCUGGUGUAAACCGAACGCUUAUCGAAAAGCUCUCUGUGAAAACUCCAAGUGGUGAAGUCAAAUUAAAAAUAUUGAAGGAAAUAGCCAAGGAAUACCAGGUUGAAUGGGACACUGCAGAUUCAGAGAUGGAGCUUCUCAAGCCACCAGAAGAGCGUAUAGAAGGACCAACUGGCUUUGUAAGUGCCACUAGUUUACCCCUGAAACCGACCUCAAAGCAACCUGCUGAGCCUAACAACCACCUUCCAAGGGCUUCAGACGACGGAGAAUCAAAAGUUGCCAAAUUUGAUGACCCCGCUUCAGCCGCUAAAGCAGCUGCUGAGUCUGCCAAGCAAGCAAUUGCGGCUGCUGAAGCAGCUGCAUAUCUGGCCAGUAAAGAUGCAAAAGCAUCUUCCGCUAGUCAUCACAACUCAAUGAACAAUGCAACUGUUGACAAUAUCCCUUUCAUUUCCGGUGCUCAGGCUCCCAAGUUCUCGCGAAGUGACGCGGCACCUCCUUCUCAGUCCAUCGUUGAUCUGUAUGAUAUGCACUGGGGUAGUAAAGACAUGAGGAAUUCUGAAAAUUCUCAUGGUUCUACUGGUGAAGAGAUGCCCUUGGACAUGAAAAGAUCACAGAAGUUCUAUAGGAGACAUAGCUAUACUGUUCCAUCCCCGAAUCCUAAUGUGAAGUAUGAUGAUUCAGAUUGCGACGAGGAAAUUGAGAUGGAAGAUCCCCCUAGAGGCACAUAUAAGCCCAGCCCACCAACUGAUACUGAUAGCGGGAAGUUCUAUAGAAGGCACAGCUACAAUGUUCCAUCAGCACAUUCAGGUAUCAAGUUUGAUGAAUCAGAUGGUGAUGAAAAGAUGGAAACUGAAGAAACCACGAGAGGAACCACCCGACCCCCUAACCGUCCUGCACCUCAAGUACCUCGAGUUCAUCCCAAACUGCCCGACUAUGACUCGCUUACUGCUCGCUUCGAGUCUCUCAAGUCCCAGAAAUCUCGUCGUACUUAGGAAUAUCCAGGAUUCAUGAAGUCAGAAUACAUCUUGUGCUAGCCAAUAUAAUAGUAUACGUAUACAGUACAGAAACCAAAUGAUAUGUUAAAAUGGUUUAUUUUACAGUAUGUAGCAUCAGCCAGUGGAGUUUUAGUUAUUCCCUUUGUGUCAAUUUUUUAAUUGUUGGUGUAAUAAACAUUGGAUAUCCCUAGUUUCUAACUACGUAGAACAUAAUUUUGAGUUUGAUUGUAGCUACGCACGUUUUGUAUAAAGAGUUUAUAUGAGAAGAUGAUGAGCCAAGAAGCACCCAACUACCCUUUGUAUAUUUAUGAUAAGUUUAGCAUGUGUCAUCAUUUUCUUUUUAA